CCAGCUAGUUCGGAGUGUGUGUGUGUGAAAGUGCAGUGAAAUUAUGUUAAUAUCAAUUGUUUAUAGUGAUAAUUUUAGUGUUUAAGUGAAAAGAGUGUGCAUUAAUGCAGCGGUUAUCUUAUCAUGGCUUUGGAUUUACGCUUGCACUCCCCUGCAGGCGCGGAACCUGUUGUUUAUACAUGGCCCCUCACAUCGGGUCAUGGCUCGGAAAAACACGAUGGAGCCUUAGAAAUUGUAGAGACCAUAAGGUGGGUCUGCGACGACUUACCAGAGAUGAAAGGUGCAUUGGAAAAGAACAUACUAAGCGAUUACGACACCCACUCAUACGAAAGUAUGAGAGCACUCUGCGAUCGCUUCAACCGCGCCAUCGACUCCGUUGUCGCUCUGGAAAAAGGCACUUCAUUACCAGCACAGCGAUUGAACAAAUAUCCGUCGAAAGGUCUACUCAAACACAUACUGCAACAAACGUACAAUCAAGCAGUUUCAGAUCCUGACAAAUUGAAUCAAUAUGAACCUUUUUCGCCUGAGGUGUAUGGGGAGACGUCGUAUGAGCUGGUGUGCCAGAUGAUAGACCAGAUCGAUAUCACGGCGGAGGAUGUAUUCGUGGACCUGGGAUCAGGCGUGGGGCAGGUGGUGCUGCAGGUGGCCGCCGCUACACCCUGCCGCGUCUGCUUCGGCGUGGAGAAAGCUGAAGUACCUAGCAGAUAUGCCUCGAGUAUGGAUACAUAUUUUAGAACGUGGAUGAAAUGGUAUGGCAAAAAAUUUGGGGAGUAUAAGCUAAUAAAAGGCGAUUUCCUCAUGGACGAGCACCGGGAGAAAAUAAAUUCUGCGACCAUCGUGUUUGUCAACAACUUCGCGUUCGGCCCACAUGUGGACCACCAGCUUAAGGAGAGAUUCGCUGACUUGAAGGACGGAGCUAAGAUAGUGUCGUCGAAAAGCUUCUGUCCGCUCAACUUUAGGAUAACAGACAGGAACCUAAGUGACAUAGGGACCAUCAUGCACGUGAGCGAAAUGUCGCCGCUUAAGGGCUCCGUCUCGUGGACGGGCAAACCAGUAUCUUACUACUUACACAUAAUAGAUAGGACCAAAUUGGAGAGAUACUUUCAAAGACUGAAAAAUCCGAAACUCAAGGUCAGCAAAAGGGGCUGCCAAAACGGCGACGACGCGGACAGCAAGCGCAACGUGAGCGCGCCGCCCACGCGACAGCCCACGCCCGACCUGCUCAACGGGAACAGCAACCACAGCACCGGAUCGCUGCCCGAGCGGCGCAAGCUCGCCAGAGCCAGACCCGUCAGGGGUGAAGUGGGCAGGACACGCGCACGUGCCGCUGCGGCGAAGCGUCGUGUGGUACAAAGGUCGAGCGACGAGAGCGAGGAAGAGUCCAGCGAGACUGACGAGCCUCCCGGCCCGGAGCCGGCGCCGCGAGAAUGGGGCGCGCCAUGGGCCUCAUCACCUCACUCAAAUCGCAACCGUCGCACGACGAACAAGCGCAGUGCGAGCGCGGGCGGCGUACGACGGCGGGCCGCCCGCGCCAAGCGACGCCGGAACGCACCCGCCGCUAUAGCCGGGCUCGACCUGCUACACUCUUCCACGCUCGCCUCCACGCUGCAUAACGGCUCCGUAACGGCGCCGCCGCCUGGCUGCGUGGAGCAGCGACUGUCCGCGCUGGGCGUACAGCAGCAGCCGGCGGAGCGCCUGCACUCGGAGCUGGACAUCCCGAGAGCCCCGAACGCACCCUACAGCCUCCAACUACUAUUGGAUAUGUUCCGCGACCAGUACAUGACGCUCCUACGCCGCAUGGGCACGCCCGAGUAUGCAGUGGAAGUGCGCCAGCAGAUCGACAAGGAGAAGGAAAGAAACCAGAAGUUGAAAUCACGCGCGUCACAAUUGGACAAACAGAUCAACGUGUUAAUUAGUGACAGUGUGGCGCUACUGAAAGCGCGCAUGAGCGAGCUUGGCAUCCAUGCCAACAAUACCGUUGAUCUACUAGCCAAGGCCAAGGAGAUUGUGGGUCGUCACAAGGAGCUCCAGAGCAAGGCCAGCAAACUGCAGGCUCAGGUGAAUAACAUAGAAGCCGAACAGGCGAUGUUGGUGAAGCAACGAACUUUUGAAAUAACCGAAAAGUACAGACAAAUGGGGCACAUACCCCCAGACGCCGAGAUCACGCAGAGUAUGGCACACGAUUGUAUUUUAAGGGAGAUAUCGGCGACGUUGGCUCACCGGAAGAGGUUGCAUGCACAAGUGGGGCAUCUGCAGAAUGAGAUAGUCCAGAUGGGUAGGGCGAGUGAACAGCCAAAAGUUAUAACCCCAACGGUUCCAGUGGCAACUGUUAAACCGCACACAGUCAACUGCAAGCCUAGAAAGUCACGAGAGCACAGAUCAAGAUCGCAGGAGUGGCCCGAUGUACCGGAAGUUGGAAAAAUUGAGGAACAGAACCCAGAGUUACUCGCACAGAAAAUAUUAGAAACGGGUCGACAGAUUGAAGCCGGAAAGAUAAUGAAACCCAAUGUUAUUGUGAACGGUUACCCGAGAGAGCCAGACAGGCAUAUAGACCACAGAUCCAAAAAUGUUCAAGUACAUCGUGCACAAGUUCAACCACAACGCGCGCAGCAGCUUCCACUCCAACGCCACUCGCCGGGCAAUGUGCAGAAGCCCCUGAACGUAGUUUCCAAGGUGCAGGAGUCGCCUAAGGUCAUCAACUUCGAAGACAGGCUCAAGAGCAUCAUUACAUCAGUGCUCAACGAGGAUCAGGAACAGCGGAAGGCGUCGCGUCUCGAGCCGCCGAGACAAACUGUACCAAAUCACACGUAUGCCAACGGAUACGUGCGUCCGGCAGCCAUUGCCGGCGCACCACACAACGCAUUUGCGCCGCGCCCGACAGUGGCAUCCGCGCCUGCCUCCCCUUUCCUACGCACCAUGCGUGACGCGCGGGAGCCGCGUGACGGUCGGGACAUGCGGGACGGUCGAGACAUGCGGGACGGACGAGACAUGCGGGACGGACGAGACAUGCGGGACGGACGAGACAUGCGGGACGGACGAGACAUGCGCGACGGACGGGAUAUGAGGGAUGGCAGAGACAUGCGGGACGUCAGAGAUCUGAGAGAAAUGCGGGAUGUGCGUCGCGAACGCUACGGAUACGAGCGCCGGGAACUUCGCCCGCACGCUCAUCCGGAUCAGCGUGGGCCAGACCCGCGUCACCACCACGUGGCGCAACCAGAUUACACGCAGGUAUCACCGGCAAAACUGGCACUACGACGUCACUUAUCACAAGAAAGGCUGGCGGUGCCGGGAGCGCGAACCAUCGGAGAUCUCGUCAACGGCGAGAUCGAGCGCACGCUAGAAAUAUCAAAUCAAAGUAUCAUCAACGCCACCGUUAACAUGACCGCCCGCUACCACGAACCUCCGCAUCAGCCACUAGAGGGUCUGGCAGCAUGUUUACAAGCUCGCGUUCUGGCAUCAGAAUACUGGCGAGGUCGCGCGGGCAGCGCGGCGGGGGAUGGUGAAGAGGGCGCUCGUCGACGCACGCCCUCCGUUGACCCGCACUCCAACUCUUCCACGCCGCUCGUCGACGAGUUCCCCGACGCCGCUCGGCCCCCAGAAGGCGAGGGCGGAGAGGAAGUGGAAGAGAGCAAAUGGCAGGACCGGAUAGCAUUUCGGUUCGAUCAGAUAAUAUCGUUUGCGUCGACCGCCAUGGAGGACAAGCGGCGGCGCUCGGACGAGGCGUGCAACACGUCGCCCGACUCGGGCAUCGGGCACGGGGAGGCGGCGCGCGGCGCGGGGGACGGCGGCGCGCCGGGCCCCGCCGCGCCCGCCGCCGGCUCCGCACUCGCCGCGCCCGCGCGCUCGCCGUCCCCGCAGGCGCCGCACCACUUCAAGAAGCGCUUCUUCCGGCGCGAGCGCUGGGGCGCGUGGAGCGGAGCGCCGCCACCCGCGCCCGUGGACUGGGAGCGGCCGCCGAUGUGACGGCCGCGCAUCUAGCGCUGCGACGUGUGCCACUUCUCGCACGGCGCGGCCAGCGCGGGCGCGAUCGCCGC